AUGCCUCGCUCUGCCUUGGGAAAGAGAAAUCGCAACGAUGGGGACUCCAUCGUGAUUGCAACUCCCACCAAGAAGUUCCGUCACCUCGAUGCAUAUGCCCUCUACAGGGAUGACGAGGAGAACCAAGAUCCGCAAAGCACCCCCGAUGUCCACGAUGCCAUCCAGAUCGAGGUGCAGGUGACCGAGGAUGCUCCUCGGAAGAGACAAAGAUCCGAAUCUCAGACAUCAGCCAGAAGGAACCCCGUCACGCCAUCGACUCCACGACAUCGAGAUGUGUUGUCAGGCUAUCCGACUACUCCUCGACAUGCGGUCAUGUCGGCGGGAAAACUUUUCAAACGCUUGACUCCAAACUCGCCUCUGUCGCCAUCUACCAUCCAGACCGUCUACCACUCUGCACGGCAACUGUUUGCCCGUGGGGCAGAGCCAGGGCUGCUCAUCGGGAGGGAAUCCGAACGACGAGAGCUGGCCAAGUUCCUCGACCGCUGCAGCUCCUCAACGCCCAGCGGCUGUCUCUACGUCAGUGGUGCGCCUGGAACAGGCAAAAGCGCCAUGAUCACAGAGAUGACGCGGGGUUUUUCCAAUCAGGACAGCGUCAAGAGUGUUUAUAUCAAUUGCAUGAGCAUCAAGUCCUCCAAAGACUUGUACACAACCUUGCUCGCCGAGCUCGGAGAAGACGGCAACACAUCGGAGACUGAGGCUAUUUCAGCGCUUCAACUGCUGCUCUGCCCCAAAACAAAAUCGUCCUCAGUCUACCUUGUCGUCCUGGAUGAAAUCGACCACAUCCUGACCAUGGGCCUUGACAGCCUUUACCGGGUGUUUGAGUGGUCUCUUCAAAAGUCAUCCCGUCUCGCCCUGAUUGGUAUCGCAAACGCUCUGGAUUUGACCGACCGCUUUCUGCCACGACUCAAGUCGAAGAAUCUGAAGCCGGAUCUACUCCCAUUCUUGCCAUACACUGCCGCUCAAGUCAAGAACAUCAUCACCACGAGGCUCAGGUCUCUUAUGCCUGACGCUGGCAAAGAAGGUUAUGUUCCCUUUAUUCACCCAGCCGCCAUCGAGCUGUGUUCCCGAAAAGUCGCCAGCCAGACGGGAGAUCUCCGAAAGGCGUUUGAAAUUUGUCGCCGUGCACUGGACUUGAUUGAAAGCGAGACCAGAUCGAAUCAUGAGGAAGAGGCUCGAGAAAAGCUGCUUCAAAUGACGCCGUCCAAGCGACCCUUGGGCGAAAACGUGAAUGGAGCCGCAGGGCUUGGGUCAGCGAGGAGUGUUGUACAGAUCAUGGCAAGAUCUCUCAAGAGCUUGACGGCAGAGACUGCGCCUCGGGCUUCGAUUGCACACCUGAACAAGGUCACCGCUGCCGCCUUUAGCAACGGCACAACUCAACGACUCAAGACGCUCAAUCUGCAACAAAAAGUUGCUCUCUGUGCCCUGACAGCAUAUGAAAAUAGGAGUCGAGCGUCGAUGAGGGCGUCCAACACGCCAGCCACCCCGUCCAAGUCGCACACGUUGGCACCGACAAUCAAGAUGCUAUUUGACACGUACUGUCAAUUGUGCACCCGUGACUCCUUGCUGCACCCCCUUUCAGGCUCAGAGUUCCGAGAGGUUGUUGGUAGCUUAGAGACUCUGGGCCUCAUUGCUGCGGUGGAUGGCAAGAAUGGCAGUUUCAAUAUGGCGCAGACGCCUAGCAAACGUGGUCGGAAGUCGGCAGUCGGCAGUGGAGACGAGAGGCGCAUCGCCAGCUGUGCAGGAGAGAAAGAAAUUGAGUCGGUGGCCGACGGGCCAGCCGCCGGAAUCUUGAGGAAUAUUUUGUCUGGGGAGGCAUUGGACUGA